AUGGCCUUCUCUGUUUGUGUGCUGUGCGGCCAGAACCCGUACUUGUCCCUUUGUGAGCCCAAGAAAACCCCGUCCAGAAGCAAAGGACGUGGACGAGAGUAUCUCGAAGAAUUCACGCACGGCGAUACGCAGCCUUGUGAAAAGGACUUGACCUGCGUCAAGAUGACCGACAGGUACUCGCACUGCGUCCGGCUCUCCAAGGGCGAAGGAGCCUGGGACGACGACGAAGAUGCCGCGUCAGUGUACCUCCCGCGAUGGGCCGACUGCGGCGCAGGGAUCACCGAGAAGUGCAACCCCGAAGACGUGUGCAAGGAGUACCACGAAGGUAGCGGCAAGUUGCAGUGUACGAUGCAACGUAACUCCAACUUCUUCGGGAACGGAGCGAGCAAGUACGACGACCGCACGCAGCCGUAUCUGGGCGAAUGCAACCGAUAA